GAGGGAGAGGGUAGAUGCCGGGAAGGUGAGGUGGGAGGUGUUGGGGGAGGGACACCAGAGACCCAGAGAGAGGACAGAGACCCGGAGAAGGGAGGACCAGAGACAGAGGGCCAGGAAGAGGGGACAGAGAUGGAUGCAGAGAUGGCAAAGCUUAGCAGGCAGUGAGGUCAGAGUGUCUGUGAGGUCGGCUGCUGUCCAGGGCUGGCCUGGGGCCCCGGGGCCCAGAGUAGGUGGGUGCAAGUAGAUCAGGAGUCCCUGCGGGUCCCCCAGCCUGAGCCAUGGAGACCUGGGAGGAACUACCCAACGUGUCCUUGGUGCCCACAAAUCCCAAGGCCCCUCAGGCGAAGAUGUCGGCCCAGGACAGCUGCCUCAGCCUCAUCAAGUACCUCCUCUUCGUUUUCAACCUCUUCUUCUUCGUCCUAGGCAGCCUUAUUUUCUGCUUUGGCAUCUGGAUACUCAUUGACAAGACCAGCUUCGUGUCCUUUGUAGGCCUGUCCUUCAUGCCCCUGCAGAUCUGGUCCAAGGCCCUGGCCAUCUCAGGAAUUCUCACCAUGGGUCUUGCUCUCCUGGGCUGUGUGGGGGCCCUGAAGGAGCUCCGCUGCCUGCUGGGCCUGUAUUUUGGGAUACUGCUGCUCCUGUUUGCCAUGCAGAUCACGCUAGGAAUCCUCAUCUCCACUCAGCGGACCCGGCUGGAGCGGAGGGUGAAGGAUAUCGUGAUGGAGACCAUCCAACGCUACCACGCGCACCCGGAGGAGUCGGCGGCCGAGGAGAGCUGGGACUACGUGCAGUUCCAGCUGCGAUGCUGCGGCUGGAACUCUCCUCAGGACUGGCUCAGUAUCCCCAGCCUCAGCAGCAACGAGUCAGAGAUGCACCGCGUGCCCUGCUCCUGCUAUAAUUCAUCGGCGAGCAACGACUCCGCCAUCUUCGAGAAACUCUCCUUCCCCCAGUUCAGCCGGCUGGGACCACUGGCGCGGCCCCGCCACAGUACAGACCUUUGCCUGGUCCCUGCAAACAGCGGUAUCUACAGCGAGGGCUGCGCGCGGAGCAUCCAGAAGUGGUUGCACAACAACCUCAUCUCCAUAGUAGGCAUUUGUCUGGGCGUCGGUCUACUUGAGCUCAGCUUCAUGACGCUCUCCAUAUUCCUGUGCAGAAACCUGGACCAAGUCUACGACCGGCUUGCUCGCCAUUGAGUCCUCAACCUCCUCAUUUCCCCGGGGACCCAGAUGUCUGCCUGCCCAUCUGCUGUCACCUCUCCCGCGGGACCUGAGGCUUCUGGUCACCAGCUUCCUGCCCCCAAAGAUACCUCAUUUCCUUGCCUCAUGUGUUGGCCUACCGCACCUCCCACAGGAUUAUUUUUCGCCCAAACCCCAAAUAAAUCCCCUGCGUUUUGGUAAAAUAGUUUUAUCCUCUGUCAAAACACGAACCAACACACUUUGCGGGUGAGGGGAGGCAACACAGCAUAGCCCACGUCUCAUUUAGAAGAGAGGAUGAGAUGAAAAGACUCACCCCACUGCUUGCCCAGCUGAGAAAAAGUCACAACCCUAAUACCCACUUAUAAAUAUCUCUUGUUAUAUUAAAAAAAAUAUUUCCAGGGCCCACCUGGCUCUGCUCCGGCACAGAAAGGGUUAACCUUCAAAAUUCGAUCUUGAUCUUAAGGUCACAGGGUGAGGGUGGUAAGGAGAGGCAGGUUGGGAAAGGGAGACGGGGGUGUGCUGAAAGACAGAGGGACAAACCAUAUCAAAGCCCCCCCCCCCCC